GCCGGCGCCGGCACCGCCGCCCAGCGAUCCGGCAGCGGCGACUCAGAGCGCUGCUGCGGCGGGCGCGGGCGGCGGUGGCAACCUCCCGUCCGUCCGUCCGUCCGUCCUGGGAGCUUCGGCUGCGCACCGGCCCGCUGGGAGACCGCGCGCUCACGCCCGCAGCGGGGGCGGGGACGCCAGGCUCGCGGCCCCUCCAGCCCCCAAGAUGAGGAAGCUGAGGCUCAGAGGACAGUGAUACACCUACCUGCACGAAACUUGGUCGUUGCGGUGCACUAACCAGGUGGUCGGCCCCCAGGGGCCCAUGCCGUGAGGUGAGGACGCCCAGCCAGCAUGCCGUGGGACGCGCGACUGCCGGGGGGCGGCGCGGAAGGCGGGCCCGAGGGCGCGGGGGCGGCGCGCUCCAGGGCGCAGAAGCAGUGCCGCAAGUCGUCGUUCGCCUUCUACCAGGCCGUGCGCGACCUGCUGCCCGUCUGGCUGCUGGAGGACAUGCGCGCCAGCGAGGCCUUUCACUGGGACGAGCGCGGCCGCGCCGCCGCCUACUCGCCGUCCGAGGCGCUUCUCUACGCGCUCGUGCACGACCACCAGGCCUACGCGCACUACCUGCUGGCCACCUUCCCGCGGCGCGCGCUCGCGCCUCCCAGCGCCGGGUUCCGCUGCUGCGCGGCGCCGGGGCCGCACGUGGCGCUGGCGGUGCGCUACAACCGCGUGGGCAUCCUGCGCCGCAUCUUGCGCACCGUGCGUGACUUUCCGGCCGAGGAGCGCGCGCGCCUGCUUGACCGGCGCGGCUGCAGCCGCGUGGAGGGCGGCGGCACGGCGCUGCACGUGGCCUGCGAGCUGGUGCGCCCCGAGUGCCUCUUCCUGCUGCUUGGCCAUGGCGCCUCGCCGGGCCUCCGUGACGGCAGCGGCCUGACGCCGCUCGAGCUGCUGCUGCGCCAGCUGGGCCGCGACGCCGGAGCCGCCACCUCCGCGGCCUCCGGGGCUCCCGCUCCGCCGCCCGGGGAGCCGCGCCAGCGCCGCCUGCUGCUGCUCGAUCUGCUGGCGCUGUACACGCCCGCGGACGCCGCCGGCCCGGCCCGCCGCGAGUUGCUGGGCGACCGGCCGCGCUGGCGGCGGCUGCUGGGUGAGGAGAAGUUCCAGUGGCUGGCGGGCCUCGCGCCGCCCUCGCUCUUCGCGCGCGCCAUGCAGGUGCUGGUCACCGCCAUCUCGCCCGGCCGCUUCCCUGAAGCCCUGGACGAGCUGCCGCUGCCGCCCUUCCUGCAGCCGCUGGACCUCACGGGCAAGGGCUAGACCGUGGGGGCGCCCCGGGCCCUGGACUUUUGGAGCAUACAGUUUUUAAGAGCGUUGUACUUGGCACUUUACAUAUAAUUGUUUUUGGACGGCAGAACCUCUGUUCUCGUCUGUCGGUGUGCUUUGGGGGGCCAGGCCAGGAUGGGCAGGCGAGCCGUGAGCUGUGGGGCUUCCGGAUGCGGCCGGGCUCAGCUCCCCACCUCCGUGCGUGUGUGGAGCAGGGCUGCGAGGUCAGGAGACUUCCGAGAGCCGGGCCCUGUCCUCAGCUCCCUGCCCAGACCCGGGAACCGGCGCCCCACCUUGAUUUAGAGCCUCCAGCAAAGUGUCCCAGAGGGAGAGACAGCUGAGAGGAGGAGGGGUUGGGCAGGGGCCGGGGGCCGGCUUGUGCAAAGGCCUGGAGCCCGAGGGAACCGCCGUGUGGGCGCUGGCUGGAGGGCCUCUGCCCCGUCAGCCAGAGGGGCCUUGUACCUGUGGGCUCGGGCUCGGGUCCUGAGAGCUGAGGACGGAGGAGGGCCCGCGCGCCGGGUGGUGAGGGCAGGACCCAGGCCGUGCCUCCUGUUGCUCCCCACCCCACACUGGCCACCGCCGCUCCUUGGGUGUCGAUGGAGCGCUGCCCACGCACACAGGCCUAAGGCCUGGACUCGCCUUCUUGUCCCCUUUUCUCUCCUCUGGCAGCUGGUGCCAGGGCCCCUGCUUCUCACCUCUGCUCUUGUGGAUGCUGCUGCCUGGGGCCCGGCCCCCGGCCCCCGGCCCCCAGCUCCAGCUUCUCCUCACCCAGGGUUAGAUGUGCCUUUCUCCAGGCCUGCCUGCUCACCCUGGGCAUGGGCUCCCAAGACCCAGCCCCCGGUGUUCGAUGGCACCUGUGGAUUCUGGCAGCACCCUGUGGGCAGGUGCUUCUGCCUCAGCCGGUAGAGCUGGUUCCUGCAGGAAGGGUUUGAAGAUGACUUGUUGACAGAUGUUACCAUGACCCUUAAGGACCAAGGGAAAGCAGCGUACAUGCCCAGAGGAGAAUUGGGAUCAGGGAUGAUGGCCAGGUUGUGCCUGGGAGUUCUGCAGGGCGGUGAAAUUCAACCCGUGCCGGCUAGGCUGGAGGGCCACGAUGUGCUGCCAGGAGCAGAGGGCUAAGGAGCUCCCCGAUGAACUCUGACUGCCCACCUUGCCCCUGGUGUUCCUGGGGGGAGCCUGGCUGGGGGCGGGAGAGACUUGGAAAGUGGUGGCUGUGGGAGGGGAGGAGAGGGAUGGGGGCGCCCUCGUUCUGGUCUGUAUCUGGCACGUCUCAGGGUGACUUUGGGCACAUCCCUGCCUUGGGCCUCAGUGUCCCUGACUGCCCUCAGAGGGGUUUUGGAGCAUCUCCAAGCUCCCUAAGAGGAUGUUCCUGGGAGCUGUGGGGUGGGCAGCAGCACAGCCCUGUGGGGGCGGGGACAGUGGAGGGCGGUGGGGCCCAGUGCCGACCCUAGAUUCCGGGUGGGGAUGAGGGCUUCUCCCUUCCCACUCUGUGUCCUGGCCCAGUUAAACAGCCUUUCUGAACCUUGACACUUAGCGGGCAGUGGAUACUAACAUUUCUUCUACCUUAAAAUGUGGGGCAUCUGGAGCCCUGGGGUAUGAAGACAGGGGCUGUGUUGUUGGGGGAGGCACACUCCUUGGAGGAGAUGGCAAGUGCAGACCACGUGCUGUGGCUCCUGGGGGCCGGGCUCGGGAGGUGCUGGGGACUCAGGGUGCCCUCGUGCCCUGGAGCUUCCGCCUGGAGAGAGCCCGGGCACCUGCAGGGUGUGCAGACUUUCCCUCGUGUCUCCCUGCUUCCGGCUCUGUCCUCUGUGGGGUGAGCCCUCCUGGCUCGAGGCCCAGGGCUAGGCCCUCAUUCGCUUCCCCGCUAGACCUACAGCUGCCCUGUUGGUGACAAACUCCUUUGAGCUCCUUGGGCUGAGGAUGGGGUGGUUCAGGGUUGGGGGGCUCCCUGGUGGGGACCCCACAGAAGCCAUUGUCCAGUGAGCAGGAGGUGGCCCCUGGGAGGCUCUUUGUGUGCAGGGCAGGAUCGGGGCAGGAGUUGUGGGCACCAGGGCGGGGGUGGGGGGCCCAGCCAGAGCCCAGCUUCAUAGCUUGGGGGGUGGAGGGCGCCUUGGGGGGUGGAGGGCAGUGGGGGUGUCCUUGCUGUGGCUGGGCCAGUCAGGGAGCCGCGGGGAGGCCAAGGACACCCUGCGGCGGCAGAGCGGGGCCUGGGGCCGCCUGGCUCAGGGCGCCCUGGUGUCAGCAGAGAAGCCGGAGCCCAGCGCGGGGUGGAGACGCCUCGGGGUUAUCUGGCCGCUGCCGCUGGCCAGCGCGUGGGUGGCCGGGCCCCGUGCUCAUCUUAUCGCUCCCCGGGGCCCUCCAACGCCAGCAGAGUCCCCUCCCCAGCCCCAUCACCACCGCCGCCCUGGCGAUGAGCUCUGGGGGCCUGGAGGGGCCAGCGGCAGCCGGGAGACGCGGUUCUCCACUGUUGGCAGGUGGCCGUGGCGGCUUCUCAUGGGCAACGGCUCUGCCUGGAGCAAGGCCCACGUCUCUGGGGCAGAGUUCCUCUGUUUGCUUCCUUCAUUCCAUGGACCUUGUCUAAGGAAAGCUGGCAUCGGCCAGAUUGCCUCCAGCAUGCCCACCCCUGGGCCUGGUGAAGUUCCAACCAGGAGAGCUCUGGGGCCAGAAUCUGGGCACCCCAGAUGCCUGUCGGGGAGGUGCUGCGACUUGUUCCUGGAGCCUGGAAGGGACACACAGCCCCGAAGUGCGCCCCCCUUGGGCGGUGGUGACGCAACCCCGCGCUGGGGCCUUGCUUUGCCGCCUCUUGUGCUGACUUCUCCCAUCACUACCUCGAUUUCCCCACUGAUUUCCUUUCCUCCCGAUUUCUUCAACCUUCAAAUAUUCUGAGAGCAGCUUUCCCCAGUCCUGUUCAGAACAAGGAUGCCUCCUGAAAGGCAAAUGUGGGGGCGUGCUUGGGGAAGGCGGUGGAGAGCCAGCUUCUGCUCCAGGAGACCCGAGUGGGUCCGGGGACUGGUUUUGUCCCACUCCGUUUUAAAAUUGAGGCAUGACUGACAUAUAAUAAAUGCAGACUUCAGUUGUGUGGUUUGAGGAGGUAGGUCCGCUGUCAGUACAAGUGUAACCACCCCAAUCAAGAGAGAGGUGAAGAGAUUUCUAUCUUCAGUGGGUUUUUUUGGCUGCGGCUUGGGGGUAUCUUAGUCCCUACCCCAGGGAUGGAACCUGUGCCCUGGCAGUGGAAGCUUGGAGUCCUGGACCCCUAACCACUGGACUGCCAGGGGAUUCCUAUAUCUUAAGUCAUUUUUUAAAAAAAGAAUUUCUGCUUAUAAAUGCAGGCUCAUGGUAGAACACUCAGACUGUGCCGGAAAACCCAGGGCAGGAUGGAUCAGAGCCCUGACCAUGCAGCUCCCCCCAAGUACAAGGGCCGCCUGCCUGCGGGCCCCCCACCACCCAGGCGACCACUGCGCACAUUUUGGUGUAUUCUAGUUUUUUCUAUGCACUUAUAUACAUAUGCUAAAAUUUUUUUCUAUGCUUAUUUCUUACAUACAGAUUUGACAUCACAUCAAAUUGAGUAUUUAAAAACUUAACUGUAGAAUAAGCAUUUCCAUAUGUUGUAAAACAUUGUGUAAGACAGCCUCUGGUGUUUAUUUUGUGAUUAUUUAAUUCAGCUAGUGUUGGUAUGAUAAGGAGUUGAUGUUAGAGAGGACUGAGUCUUUAAAAUGUAAAUUUUAUUUAUUUUUGGAAUAAAUAAUACAUUUACAUGG